UCCCUUUUCGGGCGUGCCUGGCAGCGCCGAGCAGGCUCAGCAUGGACCUACCAAGAUGGACUAAGGAUGAUACUGGAGGAAGACAAUGCUAUCAUUGUUGACAGAACAACUGUCACCAGUAUCCUGCACACCAGUUUUGCCAAGAAAAUGUCUUGUCCAUUGUGGAUGACAAGGGAAACGAUUGUGAGUUACGUACUUGGUCUCGGAUUUCCAAAAAAUUCAAGAUUAAAACCCAAUCUAGAUAAAGUGAUCAGGAGUCUUCGAGAACAUGGUCUACUUAAUUACUGGAUGCGAAGAGAGCUGCAAAACGCCACGUACUGCCUUAUCCCACCCGGGGCAGAGCCUUCAGAACAACGCUCGCUCAAGUUUCAAGACUUUUAUGGAAUUUUUUUUUUACUUUUCGCAGGUGAAUGUAUAUCUUUGACAGUGUUCUUAGCUGAGGUUACAAGGGGCAAGAUGAGCCGCAUCACUUCAUCCAAAGUGAUCCAUACUGCAAAGUGACCAUGAGGCGUUUACCAGUUAAAGGGCGAGAUGAUACAGACGCGACGUUAUGAUCAAAGGAGCCCAACGGAGAAGACGGAAUGAUAGAAUAAGCAAUUAAUAAUAGUAAUUUGACGAAUGAUUGUACAAUUAAUUGAAGGAGCCGUUAAGAGAAUUAGGCAAUUUAUCGGUCUGCCUCAGGAGCACUAUUGUUAUUUUAUAUUUUUCAUACGCUGAUGUAUUUCCGAUGAUGUAAUGUUCCCUAUCACAGUCACAUUUUUAUUUUCAAGCUUUCAUACCUCCUAAUAAUAGUGUAAUUAAUUGUGUUAGACUGUCACUGAAACUGUAAGUGCAGUCCUGCUUGUUUAUCAUACAUACUUCCAGAAUCUGACGACUGUUUUAUCUACUUAUUUAUUAUUAUUAUUAUUUUUUUUUUUUUGUGAGUGUGUGUGUGUGUGUGUGUGUGUGUGAGAAUAUCCAGC